UAACGUCAACUUAACCCAACCUACCUUUCAAGCCGUCCACACCACUGGGACCGUCAGUUUGGGGGUAUUUUUGUUUACAGGUGGUAUCGUGGUAAUAGGGUUAGUAAGACUUGAGCAUGUAGAACCUGUUACUGCUUGCCGAUGGGAAUAUCCUAAGAGACAACAGUGUUAACUGAACGGAGGCAAGCUAGCAAAACAUCAACAACAAAAACAUCAAGGGGCAGGGCAGCUGCACGAGUCAGUCUCUAACAGGAACUUUAUGUUUCUGGUUAACUUAUGCAAAGUUGUUAUUCAGCACAGGGAUGAAGCUAUCAUUUUGUAUUGCCUUGUCACAUUAUAAGUAAUAGAUUUAUCGGUAACGUUAUAUUAACGGUAUCACCCAACAGUAGCGUUUAGCUAGCUAGAUAACCAGCCAGCCGGCCCCGUGUAAACAUAUUUAUAGCUUGUGCGUCAUGUAGGUUACAUCAGCUUAUCUGAUUGGUAUCAAUACUGAUCUUCCAGAUCAGAUCCAUUUUUAGUGUGACACCGUGUGUCUCUUCAAAUCAUCUCACCAACUGGGCCACCAUGCAUCACUCUGCUCCCUCAAGCAGUGAACUGGGGUUUCUGCCAGCCAUGUAUUCAUUUUCAGGCCCCACUAGCCUUCCUGAAUUUGACCUCGGACCUCCAAGUACGUCUGCCCACCUACAGAGAACGACGGUCUCUAACAACAGCUGGGAGACUAGGUGCCUCAGGAAGCACAGAAGGAGAGUUGAUGAUGAGGGAUGCAGUGCCAAAAGGAGGAGGUUAAUGGUAGAGGCAGAAGUGGAUAUUUCAGAGAACUCUAACACUAGCUCUCGUCAUGACUGGCCUACAGCAAACAGCUGCCCUCCCAUGUCUGCACAGCAAGCCAGCCCUGCACUUCCACAGCCCUGCCCAGAGCCUCAGCCCCUGACUUUGCCGCAUCCCUCCCCUGCCCUGUCCCGACUUGAGACAGAGAGCUCCUGCAUGGAGAUAGAGGCAGCUCAGAGGAAACUUCAAGAGAUUGAAGACAGAAUAACACUGGAAGAUGACGAUGAGGAUGAGGAUCUAGAUGUAGAACCAGCCCCAAGAAGGCCAGUGCUGGUGAUCUCGGACAGUUUGAAAGAAGGUCUGCAGCGCGGCAUCAGCGACAUCCUCCCUCACAAAGUAGCCCAGUCUGUGAGCCAUUCCUGCAUGGAGCUGGUGUUGUGGCGGCCACCUGAUGACCCCUUCUGUCGGAGGCUAAAGGGCUCAUUACAAAAACAGCGCAAACAGACAGUAUCUCGGCAACCGCCAACCCCGUGUCCAUCUCCCACCCCUCACAGUCAUCCGAGCCCCUCCAGUCCACCUGCAGACACACACUCUCCUCUGUACAGCUUUCCUGUGGCCCACAGCUCUGGGGAGGAGGACAUGGAAAUGUAAUAGUGCUAAAUGACUUUGAAAGCCAUGCCAAAGUAAAAGACUGGACAUGUAGUCACACAGAGGACCCAGAACCACUUUAAAUCGGUCAGUUUGGCAAGGCAUGUUGGCUUUACAUGGAUAUUGUGCUGUUUUGGACGGUUUGUGCAACACAUACAGUAUUUUGCUUUACAGUCACUCAAUAUGUUCUGACUAUAAUCCUGGGCAACUACAUGUAAAAUGCAACAAUAACAUUGACCUAAUUAAUUAGUUUUAUUCAUUUAAAUCUCCAAAGUAACUUAUGAUCUCAAGACUUUGAAAAGUUCAAUAGAGAGCCUUACAUUACCAGUUUUAUAUAACUUACAGAAUUGGCCUUUGUCCAUAGAAACAAUAUAAUUUAUACAGAAUUUUGCCAAAGCCUAGUCAACACACUGAUGUAUUGUAAAUAUGACUUUGCUCUUUGUGAAACAUCAGUGUGCAGUACCUGAUUUUUGUACAGUUUUUAUGUUGAGCUUCUGUGCAUCAUUAGCAGGACACUAAAAUAAUUUGUUCCUGUGUGCUCACAUUUGCUCACAGCAUGGCUUGCAGUUGUACUUGUUGUGGUAGAAACAUGAUCUUCAUAUAGUGUUUAGCAAGUACGCCAUCUGCGAGCUUUGAGGAAUGGAAAUGCACCUUUUUAUGAUUUGAUUGUAUUUUCAUACAUACGUUACCAGAAUUGCAGCCAGCCAUUAAGUGUUAUUACUUUAUAUUUGUUUUUAAAUAAACUCUUAAA